CUUUCCCUUCCUCUCCCCCCUCGCUUCCCUCGGUCCAAUCGACAGGCUUUCAUCAUUCUCUUCGUAGUUUUCUUUAUUAAUCCCCCCUUCACGCUCUUUGUUUCCCCCAAAAUUUCCCAAUUUUUAUUGGGUUUUGUAAUUGUUUUAAGUCCUAGAUCUUCCCAUUCUAUGCUCGAAUCCUUGAUGAGCUCUGAAUUUCUUUUCCGAUCCGAAGGAGGAAAAAUCCCACUUUGUUGGCUUAUUAAACUUUGGGUUCUUUGAAGAAGAACUCAUGUUUUGAUAUCUCAAUCGAUCAAUUCUUUGUGUGUUUUCUUUUUUUUUUUUUUUUUUUUUUUUGGGUUUUUUCCUCCUCCCUUGUUUCUAGAUUAUUACAUACCAAAUGGCUCAAGAAAGUUGUAAUCUUGAUAAAGAGGAAACUGAGAUCCUCAAGCCUUCUUCUUCUUCUUCUCCAUCUUCUCCUUCCCCUUCCCCUUCCCCAGCUCAUAAAGAGGAAACAGCUGAGAAAAUGAAACCUCUUUCUUCUUCAACUCCUCCCAAGUCGUCGUCGUCGUCGUCAUCAUCAUCACAUCCUCCUCUGUUUGCGAACUCCGUUCAAGGAUCCUCAGCUAAAAAACUCGAGAAACUGGAGGAAUCGAAGCCCCUCAGCCGAUCAGUAAACCGAUGCUCGAACUGCCAGAAGAAGGUUGGGCUCACCGGAUUCCGGUGCAGAUGCGGCAGGCUCUUUUGCGGUCAGCACCGAUAUUCCGAUGUCCACGAUUGUUCGUUUGAUUACAAGGCUUUGGCGAGAGAACAGAUUUCUAAGGAGAAUCCUGUCAUCAGACCUGCUAAGAUUAUCAAGAUCUGAUCUUUUACAUGCUUUUGGUUCUGGUCCCUAUAUCUACGAGUCGUGUUUGUUUCUGUUCUUGAUUUUAUGUUGGAUUAUAUCAUGUAGCUUUUAGCGCUGAUUAGGUUAUGGCUAUGGAUGAAGUUGAAGAACCAUGACGGAAAAUUUGUAACUCCUUCUACAGUAUAGAGUUGGAUUUAUGUUCGUCUGUCGGUAUUUAUUGAGAGCAAUUAUUCUUUUAUUUGUUUGGUCAAAGAUUUUUGUGAAUAAAUUCCCUGUUGUGCUA